AUGGCCCCCGCCGCGGGUCUCACCCGCGCAACCUUUGCCAAACUCUCCCCCCAUCCCUACCUCCUCGCAAACCUCGAGCCCUCCUCCGACGAUGUGCCUCCCGCCCGCAGCAACGGCCGGGCUCCGAACGAAGUCAGACCUCCCACAGUCAACUCCUCCAGCCUCUCACAUGCCCAUGGCAGUGCCGUAGUGCGAAUGGGCGACACCACUGUCAUCUGUGGUGUCCGUGGCGAAACCAUUCUGACCUCCAACAUCCCGAGCUACCGUGCUUCCAACACAGAGACGGAGCUGAGAGAAUACGAUCUCCUGGUGCCCAACAUCGAACUCGCCACUGGCUGUGCUCCCCAAUUCCUUCCAGGCGGCCCGCCCACAACGCUGGCCCAGACUCUCAGCACGAGAAUAUACUCCCUCCUCCACAGCUCAAAGGUCAUCAACCCCGACAACCUGCGGAUAUGGCAUACGGGUGCCGCCGAGGACAUGACGGCUGAUGAGGAUCGCAUGGAGGACGAUGCGCCGGAUGCGGUCGAGGGAGACAAGGUGGUGGCAGCAUACUGGGUGCUCUACAUCGACAUUUUCUUCAUCUCCUUUGACGGCAAUCCCUUCGACGCCGCUUGGGCCGCCACCAUGGCCGCCCUACGAGACACAAAGCUUCCACGAGCUUGGUACGAUGCAGACAGGGAGAUGAUCAUUUCCUCUCGAAAAGAAUCCAUCCCUCUCACCAUCACCAACAUUCCCAUCGCUUGCACAGCCGUCGUCUUCACCGGCAAAGAGACGGACCGGCCCGCCACGGACGGCAAGUAUUGGAUGCUGGUCGACCCAGACCGACUCGAGGAGUCGCUGUGCGACGAGAGCGUGACGAUUGUGGUCGACUGCAAGGAUGGAGACACGAGAAUUCUGUCCAUCUCGAAGCACGGUGGGACAGUCCUGACGCCCGGGCUUCUGACGUCGAAGCAGUUUCUGAGCUGGGCGGGCAAGCGAUGGGAGGACUUUAAUUUGGCGAUGGUUCAGCCGUAG